AUGGACUAUCCACAGGAAAGCUUUGUCGCGACAACGUUUGCCCCAGGAUCCUUCUGGGCACGUCGUCGCGAAGUGGUUCGGACUCAGACACUGCGGCAUCAACUGAACAUGCUGAAGACCACUGGGAGGUAUGACGCUUUCAAGCUGAAGUGGCACGCGAGCUAUGGAGAUCCUCCCACGGUGUAUCCAAUUCCAAAUCACCAGUUCUGGGAUUCUGAUGUGGCCAAGUGGAUUGAAGGAGCUUGCUAUUUGUUGAUGGACCAUUACGAUGCAGAGGUAGAUGCGGCUGUGAACGAGCUGGUGCAGAUGAUCCAGAGCGCCCAGCAUCCCGAUGGGUACCUUAACAUCCAUUACUCAGUUGUUGAGCCUGGCAAGCGUUUCACGAAUCUGCGAGAUAUGCAUGAGCUAUACAACGCUGGUCAUCUCAUUGAAGGUGCACUUGCCCAUCGUCUCUUUUACAAGAACGAUGAUAUGCUAUCUCCCAUCUUGAAGUAUGUGGACCUUCUGGCAACCAAGUUCGGAGACCAGGAUACUCAAAUUCCCGGAUAUCCUGGACACCCUGAGAUUGAGCUUGCUCUUCUACGGCUGUACAAAGUUACAGGAGACGAAAAGCAUCUCAAGCUAGCCAAAUUCUUCAUCGAAGAAAGGGGCAAUCCCUCAGGCGGAAAAACAAAAAGGCACUAUUACGACAUCGAAGCUGAAGCUAGAGGCGAGAAAGAGCAUGAGCGACCUGCAUACUUCCCCGCUGCCAGGAGCUACUCCUACCAGCAAGCCCAUCUGCCAAUUAUUGAGCAAGAAACAAUUGAGGGACACUCAGUUCGAGCUAUGUAUCUGCUCACAGCAGUGACCGACCUCGUUCGGAUAUUCCGCCCUGUCAGUAAAGUGGGAGCCACUUUCUUGCCCGCUGUCAACCGGCUUUGGUCGAACAUGGUGGAGCGGAAGUCCUAUGUCACUGGCGGCAUUGGAGCUAUCAAGCAAUGGGAAGGCUUUGGUAUUGACUAUUUCUUGCCUCAUGGAACCGAUGAAGGUGGCUGCUAUGCAGAGACUUGUGCUGCGAUUGGAGUCAUGAUGCUUGCUGAGAGGCUGCUGCAGAUCGAUCUAGACAGCCAUUAUGCUGACAUCAUGGAGUUAUGUCUUUAUAAUGCAGUAUUGACUGGUAUGAGUCUGGACGGCAAGGCAUUCACAUAUGUGAAUCAGCUUGCUUCCUCGGACAAGGAUCUUUCCGAGCGCCAUGAGUGGUUCGAAUGUGCUUGCUGUCCACCUAAUGUCACACGUACCUUGGGCUAUUUGGGUGGAUAUAUCUGGAGUAAAACUGCGACAGAAAGCAGCGCCAUCGUCAAUGUGCAUCUGUAUACAUCAGCCACUCUACGUGCUCCUGUUUCAGGAUCAGAGGUUGAAAUUACCCAGAAGACUAGCUGGCCUUGGAAUGGUGAUGUUGAGUUCACCAUCGCGACAAAUGGACCCCCUGUUGACCUCGAAUUGAGAUUGAGGAUCCCCAGCUGGGCAGAGUCAUGGCAGGCAAGUUGA